GAGAUCAAGGACCACGGCAACGGCUGGUUCGCGUACUCCCCCGCGCUGCACCGGCUGCGCGAGGGCGGCACCUUCACGAAGCUGCUGGACCUGCUGGACGAGAGGCCGCUGACUCCCGUGGAGGCCGCUCUGCUGGCGCAGCUGCUGCUCCGCGGCGAGCACGAUCCGCCCUUCCCGCACGAGCCCGUCGCCUUCUGCCAGGCGGCGGCAAAGCACCUGCAGGAUGCCGAGGACGUCUACGACCCUCUCCUGCGGGGCAUGGCGCCCCCGGUCGACAUCCGGGGCGGCCGGGGCCUCCGAGUCCGCGACCGCGCCACCCCA